AGACAGAAGGACUCACUUGUAGCGAGCGUUGACCGGCGCUGGCUGUCAUUUGCACGGCGCGGUUUUGCAACAAUCUGAGCUCGUGGAAUACGUUCUAUUUUUUAUAUUUUUCCAAGAAUCUCAUUCUGGGUUCAAUGAAGUUGAUAUUGGAAUCUCGUAAUGAGGUGGCUUCUGCCGUGGAUUCUAAUAGUAGCCAGCACUCAUCAGGUCUUUUCCCAACAUCCCACAGCCACGCCUCCCUUGACGGCGACCAUAGAGCUGUAUAACCGUACAGCGUACUGCAAAUGGCCGUGCAAGUGUGCCAAGAGCGCCCCCCUGUGUCCGCCAGGGGUCAGUGUGCUGAUGGACGGCUGUGACUGCUGUAAGGCCUGUUCCAAGCAGGUGGGGGAGACCUGCAACGAGGCGGAUGUCUGUGACUACCAUAAGGGACUGUACUGUGACUACAGCGUGGACAAGCCGAGGUACGAAAAAGGAGUAUGUGCCUACAUGGUGGGCACAGGCUGCGAGUACGACAGAGUGAUCUACCGCAACGGUCAGAGCUUCCAACCCAGCUGUAAGUACCGCUGUCUGUGUGUAAACGGCGCCAUCGGUUGUGUGCCGCUCUGCACGGACUCCCAACCGCCCCGGGUGUGGUGCCAGACGCCCAGGCGGUUCAAACUGCCGGGCCGAUGCUGUGAGCAGUGGAUCUGUGACGAGCCCAGGAAGACGCGCAAGGCAGACCCCAGGCAUGCAGAGAUAGUGCGUGCCAGCCACAAUGAGGUCUGGCAUAAGAACUGCAUUACCCAGACAACCUCCUGGUCCCCGUGUUCCAAGACCUGUGGACGUGGCCUGUCCCUGAGGAUCUCCAACGCCAACGACCAGUGUGAGUUGAUCAAGGAGUCGCGCCUCUGCAACAUCCGGCCCUGUGACGUGGACAUCACCAAGCACAUCAAGCCAGGGAAGAAGUGUCUGAACAUUUACAGGGAGGAGCAGAGGCAGAACUUCACAAUCUCAGGCUGCAACAGCAAGAAGCCCUACCGUCCAAAAUACUGUGGUGUCUGCGUGGCCACAGACGAUCGCUGCUGCAUCCCUUACAAGUCCAAGACUAUCGAGGUGGAGUUCCAGUGUCCCAACGGAGACACUCUGACAUGGCAGGUGAUGUGGAUCAACGCCUGCUUCUGUAACCUCAGCUGCAGGAACCCCAACGACAUCUUCUCUGAGCUGGAGCACUACUACGACCACAAUGAGGUCAUCAACUGACAACUGAGCAGCCUUGUCCGAGCCUGAACGUACGGCCCACAGGGCAGGAGACCAUCUCCUGUUUCUGUAGCAUGAGGUAGUUUAGUGUACAAGUACAACCCCUGGGUAAGACACUAGUCUGCCGCGGGGCCUUUUACCCAAAUACAUCUCCUGAAUGCUGAAUGCCAAGUGUUUUUAGAGUCUUUGGUAGGAUUCGACUGGGGAGAACUGAGCAGAGGACAGGUUCAUUUAGGUUAUUAUUGACUCCAGCUUUACAUUCCUUGGAAUAAAGGGAUUGAUGAUUUGUUGGUUAGUUGAAUUAGAUGUUGAAGUACCAGGCUGGAACAAAGCCUGCACACCUCUAAGGUCCCCAGGAGUAGGAUUGAAGAACAGUUGAACCCUGCCCAAACUCUUCAUUAUGAUCUUGAUAAAAUAAUAAUAAUAAUAAUAAUAAUAAUAAUAAUAAUACACAGGGUUUAUCAGUUAUUUAUCCUCCAUUCAAUGAAGGGAAAAGGUAUGUUGUUGUUUUACAAUCUAAAUAUACACUGAGUGUACAAAACAUUAAGUACACCUUCCUAAUAUUGAGUUGCACCCCCUUUUUGCCCUCAGAACAUUCUCAAUUCGUCAGAGAAUGGACUCUACAAGGUGUCCAAAGUGUUCCACAGGGAUGCUGGCCCAUGUUGACUCCAAUGCUUCCCACAGUUGUGUCAAAUUGGCUGGAUGUCCUUUGGGUGGUGGAACAUUCUUGAUCCACACGGGAAGCUGUUGAGCGUGAAAAACCCAGCAGAGUUGCAGUUCUUGAUACAAACCGGUGCGCCUGGCACCUACUACCAUACCCCGUUCAAAGGCACUGACAUCUUUUGUCUUACCCAUUCACCCUAGGAAUGGCACACAGACACAAUCCAUGUCUCAAAGCUUAAACAUCCUCCUUUAUCCUGACUCCUCCCCUUCAUCUACACUGAUUGAAGUGGAUUUAACAAAGUGACAUCAAUAAGGGAUCAUAUCUUUCACCUGGAUUCACCUGGUCAGUCUGUCAUGGAAUGUUUUGUACACUCAGUAUAUUAGCGGAAGUUGAUCAUGUAUUUGUGAUGAUACCAUAGUAGGACACAGGGGUCCAACCUAUUGUAAUUAUGCAUCAUAUUCAUAUGGGGAUAAUCUUCUACCAAGUUAGGGCAUUAACCACUCGAGUGGUCAUCCUGUUGUGUACUCUUCCGUUUCCCUCUCUUUGUGUCAUGUCAUUUAGCUUACUGUGUAUGUACUGUUGUGCUCCAAACAUUUAGUCAAGUAUUGAAGUAUUUUGUAGUUUACUGCAAAGUGUACAUACAGUAUAUCAGAGAAGAUUUUCUCAGUUUUGCAUUGAUUUCCAUUGACUCUUAGUGAACAAUAAGUGUUUGUCUCAAUGUCUGCUUUGUCAAGUCAGUUAUUAUUUGAGCUCUACGAGGUUAAAAGUGUAUCAACUUUUUAUUGAUUGAGAUCAGCUCAAUAAGUGUUGUCAUUUAUUUCAUUGGUCAAUACUCUAGUAAACCAUGUACCAUAUCCAUGUCAUCAUAAACAACAAACAAACUCAUCCAGGAAGUCACAUUUGAUUGGUUCAAAUAAAUACAAAGUAUUAAGA